GCAACUUUUUGGAUGUAAUCUUCGAUCUCCGCGAGGUACUCCUUCGAUGUGUUUUGAACCACAUCUUGCUUGUGUGGCCUUUUCUUCUGCACCAGAACAUAUCCUUCUUCUUCCAAUUCACUCUUUUCCAUUUCCAACUUAGCAGAACAUGUUGCGCCAGUUUCCAUGUCCGCAGCAGCAGUGAUGCUUUGAUGUGGCGUUCACGAAAAGGAUGGGUUUGCGAUAAAUGAUUUGAUCCGACCUGUGCAAAGCUAGGGAGAAUUGCCGGUCGGACCAUCACCCUCCACAGCAUUCUCGGUUAGUUCAUUCUAGGGUAGGAUAAGCCAAGCUGCCCUCCGGCAUUGGAUGCCAGUAUUGUUCUCACUUCUGCGUACUACGGUUCCGUCGCCGUCACCAGCAACAUUGAAAAUGCAUGCAACACAGAUGUUGGCCAGCACAAAUCUUCCAGCGAAGCACCAUGUGGAAACGACACUGAAUUACUGGGACGAUCCUGGAGACGGCUUACCUCCGACGCCCAUCUUCAUUGGAAAAGGAAGAAUCACGAAUGAACGGCCGCACCGCCCUCACCACUUUCUGGUGACAGACAUAACCGGCGAGGAAGAGAAAUACACUCUCGAUAGUCACGGAUUCCAGUACUGCCAUCAUGAGAGUUCUGAGAAAGACUUCACAGACGAGAAAGAGAUCCGGUCCAAGUAUUAUCAGGAAUGCAAACUACUUCUCAAAGAUAUAACUGGAGCCAGCCGCGUUCAUAUCUUCAAUCACAAAGUACGCCGUGGACCUACCCAGUGGCACCACUUGGGCCUGAAGAAUCUCGCGAAUCGUGGCCCAGUCACAAGAACACAUGUUGACCAGUCCUACGCCGGAGCUGAGCUCAGGUUAAGGUGGGAGUUUCCUGAUGAGGCCGAUGAGCUGGUAAAAAGAAGGUAUCAGAUUAUCAACAUCUGGAGACCGAUCGAGAAGGUUUUCAAAGAUCCCAUUGCCGUCGCCAGCGCAGAUUCGGUCCCGGAUGCCGACCUUGUCGGGGCAGAGAUGACGGAAGACAACUUCAAGGGGGAGUCUUGGGUUGUUCGACAUAAUCCCAAUCAUCGCUGGUUUUACAAGCACGGCAUGACACCCCAAGACGUACUUCUCAUCAAGUGUUUCGACUCAGACACGACGGUCGCAAGGAGAUGUUUGCAUUCGGCAUUCGAGGAUCCUGCCCACCGUGACCGGGAGUCUAGGCAAAGCAUUGAGGUUCGCUGUCUUGUUUGCUAUGACGGCUAAAUUUGUUCUUGGUUGAGCAAGUUCUUUGAGUUUGCAUGAUGUCAGAGCAGUCCAGUAUUCGAGCAGGAAUUUGAUGUAACUACUACUGAUUUUGCCGUGUUGUAU